AUGACAACGUUGUCUAGCCACUGGGCUCCUCAAUGGUCUAGUGAUGAAAAAGAAGAACUGUAUGAAGUUCAUGGCUGGCCAACCAAUAUGGUGGUUGACCUGGAAAAGCACACAUACAGCUGUCGCUUUUGGCAACUCAUAGGGAUGCUGUGUAUGCACGCAAUCUCGGCUAUACAGGAUAAGAAUGACAAACGUGCUGAAGACUAUUGUCACGACUGGUUGAAGAUGGAAGCGUACAGGAAGACUUAUUGCUUCAAUGUGAAUCCAGUGAAAGGUCAGGAUCUGUGGAAAAAUACUCCACACCCAGCUCCCGUCCCACCACCAUUUAAGGCAAAGCCUAGAAGGCCAACGAAAAAAAGGAGAAGGGACAAAGAGGAACAACCUACUGGGUCAAAAACAAAGAUGAAGAGGAAGUAUAACCCUAUCAGAUGCAUGUAUUGCAUGAGAUAG